AUGAGCUCCUCAAUGCUGCCAGUCGCCCUGCAAAACAAGCUGGUCGGCUACGGCCGAGUUUCCAGCGCGCAUCUAUCCGCCUUGAACCUGGACCUUCUCAAAAACAUCAUAUUUAUCCUUUUCGUCCUCCGAUACACGCGCAAAACCUUCUACUCUGUCCGCGGCUACGGCAUCCUCGGCAGCGUCCGUAACAUUUACAUCUCACUCCGUCUAUUCUGCUACGGCAUCUUCCUGCGCACUCCUGGUGUUCGCGGCCAGGUCGAUAAACAAGUGAAUACUGCGAUCACGAAUCUUGAGUCCAAGUUGGUCAAGACCGGGCCAGAUGUCACACGGUAUCUUUCGCUUCCCAAGGAGGGUUGGUCGCCAGAGCAGGUUCGCGCAGAGCUUGAUAAGCUGGCCGGGCUUGAACACACACGCUGGGAAGAUGGUCGCGUUAGUGGAGCCGUUUAUCAUGGAGGUCAGGAAUUGUUGAAGCUUCAGGCCGACGCCUUCGGGCAGUUCGGUGUCGCGAACCCGAUUCACCCGGAUGUUUUCCCUGGUGUUCGCAAGAUGGAGGCUGAGGUGGUUGCCAUGGUUCUGGCUCUCUUCAACGCCCCUACGGAUGGUGCCGGUGUAACCACCAGUGGUGGUACAGAGUCUAUUCUCAUGGCUUGCUUAGCUGCUCGCCAGAAGGCGUUUUUGGAGCGCGGUGUCACUGAGCCUGAGAUGAUUAUUCCCGAUACGGCCCACGCAGCAUUCAUCAAGGCUUGCAACUACUUCAAGAUCAAGCUGCACCGAGUGCCUUGUCCAGAGCCUGAGUUCAAGGUUGAUGUACACGCUGUUCGCCGUUUGAUCAACCCGAACACUGUUCUUCUUGUCGGUUCAGCGCCUAACUUCCCCCAUGGCAUCGUUGAUGAUAUUCCCGGCCUAUCGCAGCUGGCCACCAAGUACAAGAUUCCUCUUCACGUUGACUGCUGUUUGGGAUCUUUCGUCGUUGCGCUCCUCAAGAAAGCCGGCUUCCCGUCGCCCUACGAGGAGGAGGGUGGCUUUGAUUUCCGCCAACCCGGUGUGACCAGCAUCAGUGUUGACACCCACAAGUACGGGUUUGCGCCCAAGGGCAACUCGGUUUUGAUCUACCGCAAUAAGUCAUACCGAAACAAUCAGUACUUUAUCUAUCCCGACUGGUCCGGCGGUGUCUACGCCUCUCCCUCUGUGGCUGGCUCCCGCCCUGGCGCUCUGAUCGCCGGUUGCUGGGCCAGUCUGAUGAGCGUUGGCGAAACCGGAUACAUUAACAGCUGCACUGAGAUCAUCAAUGCGGCACGGAAGUUCGAGACUGCUGUUCGGACCGAUUCAACGAUCUCCUUGCACAUGGAAGUCAUUGGUAAUCCUAUUGUGAGUGUGGUUGCUAUCCGCAGCAAGAACGGUGCCAUUGAUAUCUACGACAUUGCCGAUGACCUAUCCGCCAAGGGCUGGCAUCUCAACGCCCUGCAAUCUCCCCCCGCUAUCCACUGCGCCUUCACCAUUCCCACUGCCAAAGCCGUCGACCAGCUCAUCGCUGAUCUCACCGAAGUCAUCGGCAAAGAGCUUGAAAAAGCUGAGCAGCGUAAGCGCGAGGGCAAGUCAUAUAUCCUCAAACGAGGUGAUACCUCCGCUUUGUACGGGGUGGCUGGCAGCAUUCCCGAUAAGAGCGUUGUCAGCCGUCUGGCAGAGGGAUUCUUGGACACUUUAUACAAAGCUUGA